AUGGACUGUGAGGCUUUCCGAGCUGUUCUACCGGCUGAAUUUCAGCGGCGUUUUCUUAUCAAACGUGUCCGAGCUGACGGCCGUUCUUUUCUUACAUACAGACAGCCACGCAUUUGUUCGAAUACACUCGCCAACUGCUGUGGAUCGGCCUCUGUCCGGGCGGGCAACAACUACUAUCUUGCGGGAGUUCGGUGCGAAGUGGGGAGGGCAGCUGCGAGGGAGUGCAGCGGCGGUAUUAGGCACUCAUUGAAAUCAUUCAUAUCGGGGGAACUUGGGAAUGAUUCUCUGGAAUCGGGUGAGCGUUGCAAUGUUGCGCCGACUGGCAGAAUCGUCGCGACUGUAGAGUUCCCGAAGAUCUGCGGAGCAGAAUUUACCGAUGCAGGUGGGCCGGCUGUCAACGCACCGCUGCUUAUUUCAGGUGCUAUAACGGAUGUGCUGAACUCGUCCUUUGUCUUCGACAGCUCUCAGUUACGUCUGAGAGGUGCUGACACUAGGGAACGAGGCUCCAGAGAUGAUGAUGGUAUUACAGACGAAGAAAAUGGCGCUCAUUCCUCGUCAGAGAACGAACACACAGAAGCGCAGUUGGGGCGGGAAUUUGCAUGGCAUUUAAACGUGCAUAUUGUCUGUCUUGAGUACGACGGCAAUCCGUUGGAUUUCGCUUUGCUCGCUGCAGUGGCGGCACUCGAGAAUACCGUGUUACCAGGUGUAUGUUGGGACAGAACAGCGAAGUGGUGGAAGCAACUGCCGCCUGAAGGAAACACGUCAUCCGCCACUAUUACAGAAACAUCAGGCAGUCUCGUUACGUUCGGCGCGCGAAAGCUCUUUUUGUCUAGCAGGCCAAUAAGCGUCACAUUCUCCAACGUGAUGUCACAGUGGUGGGUGGUGGACCCAAGUCGAGAGGAAGAAAACCUCGGCACUUGGUUAUCGAUGGUUUUCAUGAAGAACAAGUGGCACGUGCUUCGUCUCGGCGGGACACCUGUGGGAGCGAGUGUUAUUAAGAUGCUCCAGGUGAAAGCGGGAGCCAUAGCAUCAGGUGCAGACGCUGCACUUUCAGAAGCUGUUCAAAACAACUUUCACUGA